AUGUCGGAAGAGUAUGUCAAAUUAAUUUCCAGUGAUGGUUUUGAGUUUAUUUUAAGAAAAGACAUUGCUUGCAUAUCUGGAACCAUAAAAGCCAUUUUAAAUGAAGGCGUAUUUGCUGAGGCUCAAAGCAACGAGUGUACAUUUCCUGACAUUAGAGGUUCACUUUUAGAGAAGGUCUGCGAGUAUUUGCACUACAAUUAUCGCUAUAAAAACCGGCAGGAUGUUCCUAAAUUUGACAUUCCUCCAGAAAUGGUCCUAGAACUACUGGUUACAGCGGAAUACUUGGACAGUGAGUGA